AUGCAUGGUCUUUGGAUACUACAGUCUUUCACAUUGCUAAUUCUAUCAAGGAUUUGUUCUGCUUCCUCUUUUGCGCCUGCCAAGCAAACCACACACCAUGCACUCCACAUAUCCUCAUCGUCCUUGUCAGCAGGAGCUACAGGUGAUGAUGAUGAUGACGACGACGAGAAGAACGAUGAAUUUUUAGAGCGUUUGACCCAACAAUACCUCGGAUCGAAUCAUCAAUUGCCGGAAGGAAAAGGAAGCAAACGACUUGGUGAUUUGUAUGAUCCUGAAGAAUUGAGUAACCUGCUGAAUGUCCACAAGGAUAUUUCCUCGCGGGCUCAAGAGAUUCAAGAGGAGGAGGAGCCGAGUGACGAGAUGGCGAUACCAUCGAUUCAUGAUUUGGUCAUGGAAGCUGUCGGUGAAACGCCAGAUCCAAGCAGCACUGACGAAAAUGACAACAAUAACAAUAACGAUGAAGUUGUAGAACGUCUUACGAAGCAAUAUCUCGGAUCCAAUCCUGGUGCUGGACUAUCAAAAGACGAUGGUGAGAAAGGAGGUAACCGGCUGGCGGAUUUUUACGAUGCUGACACGAUCAAUAAUUUGUUAGAGCUGCAUACGGGUGUUUCCGCUCAGACGCAAGACAUUCAAAAGGAUAGCACGGAUGAUGCUGGUCAAGCAGAGACGGCGGUGAGAUCUUCUAUCCAUGAUUUGGUCCUGGGAGCGGGUGGUGACACAGCACCACCACCAUUGGAAGUCGUAUCGUCCAAGGAAGAACCAAAAGAGGAAUCAUCUUCGUCGUCGUCGUCGUCGUCGACCACCGAUCCAGAGUACACAUGGUUGACCGAGGCCAUUCGAGAAAAAAUGAAUGGAGUGAAAGCCAUUGCAUCCGAUGUGGAUGGCACUUUGAUUGGUUCCGCAUCACAAACGGUACACCCUCGAACCAAAGAUGCAGUGUCAAAGGCCGUCCAAGAUUCCUUCUCUCCACUUGGCAAGCUGAAAUGGUUCUUUCCCGCAACGGGCAAGACAAGGUGGGGAGCCAUGAACAGCCUUGGUCCCGAACUCGCAGGAUUACUGCAGCAAUGCCCUGGUGUUUUCAUUCAGGGUUUGUAUUGCAUGGUGGGAAACACGGUCGUAUUUGAGAGAAAGCUCCCAAAAUCUGCCAUUGAAGCUGCCGAAAACCUUGUCGCAAAAACCCAAACGUCCAUCAUUGCCUACGAUGGUGACCAUUUGUAUACCACCAAGAUUACCCCACAGGUCCGAGAACUGCACCAGAUAUACGGCGAACCAAUGUCGGAAGAAAUUCCUAGCAUUGCAGGCCACGCACCAGGCAUUCACAAACUACUGAUCUACGAUGACGAUUUGGACAAGAUUGCCGAGGUUCGAAUUGAAUUGGAAGCUCUGGCCAAGGAGCAUGGUGCUACUGUCACCCAGGCCAUUCCAACCAUGUUGGAGCUUUUACCGGAAGGAUGCUCCAAAGCCUUGGGGGUACAGAAGGUCUGCGAAGUGCUGGGACUCGAUCCCACCACCGACUUGAUGGCGUUGGGCGACGCCGAAAACGACGUGGAGAUGCUUCAAUUGGCAGCCGUAGGAGUCUGCGUUGGAAAUGGAUCCAAACUGGCAAAGGAUGCCGCAGAUAUUGUCUUGGAAGAGACUAGUGACGAAGGCGCUGCUGGGCUUGCUAUUGAAGUUCUCACUGGCUUAUAA